AGAAAUAUACAUGCAGGAGACAGCGGUCGUCCCCUGCAGCCCGCCAAGUGCUUGGUUGGUAUCACGUGACACCAGCCCCCACUGGCGCCGAAUUUGCGCGCCGAGCCUGGAGAACGCCCGCUUUGAUUUUGGGUCGCCACAAAAAAGCAAGCUAAAUACAAUACUUCAGACUCUGCGGCUCGAAGAAAAGACAGCGCUUCCCCCGCCAAUCCACCAGUCACAAGAGUCACGUUUUUCUUCGGACGAUUCCAGGAACCGGUCUCUAUCGCCCUUCACACCUGUAAUAGCCAGCUUCUUCUUUUCUUCGAUCUCCCGCCACGUGCCCCCGCCUGAUACAGGCGCAACCCCGCCAAAAUGUCGUUGACAAACUGUCGGUUCUACGAGGAGAAGUAUCCCGAAGUGGAUAGCUUCGUGAUGGUGAAUGUCAAGCAGAUCGCUGAGAUGGGUGCCUAUGUGAAACUGCUGGAAUACGAUAAUAUCGAUGGCAUGAUUCUUCUUUCCGAACUCUCGCGAAGACGUAUCCGAAGUAUCCAAAAAUUGAUUCGAAUCGGCCGGAAUGAAGUCGUCGUCGUGCUGCGUGUUGACAAGGAAAAAGGAUACAUCGAUUUGUCGAAGCGACGAGUGUCAUCGGAAGAUGUGGGCAAGUGUGAGGAACGCUACAAUAAGAGCAAAUUGGUCCACUCGAUCAUGCGCCAUGUUGCCGAGAAGACAAAGACCCCCAUUGAAGAACUCUACCAGUCUAUCGGCUGGCCAUUGAACCGCAAUUACGGUCACUCAUACGACGCAUUCAAAAUUUCCAUCACUAACCCUGACGUGUGGAAAGAUGUGACUUUCCCUAACCAGCUAGUCCAAGAUGAGCUCCAAACCUAUAUCAGCAAAAAACUCACCCCUCACCCUACAAAAGUUCGUGCCGACGUCGAUGUCACCUGCUUCGGCUAUGACGGAAUUGAUGCAGUUAAGGCUGCCCUUCGUACUGCAGAGGAGAAAAAUACGCCGGAAACCCAGAUCAAGGUCAAAUUGGUUGCGCCCCCGCUUUAUGUUCUUACCUGCCAGACUCUGGACAAAGCUCUUGGUAUCAAACUCUUGGAAGAAGCGAUUCAGAGCAUCGAGGCAAAUAUCAAGGCGGCUGGUGGUGGAUUGAUUGUUAAGAUGGCUCCUAAGGCAGUUACUGCCCACGACGAUGCUCAACUGCAAGAGCUUAUGGACAGACGCGAACGCGAGAACAUGGAAGUCAGUGGUGACGAAAGCCAGUCCGAAAGUGACGAAGGCGUUCCCGAAUAGGCUUCUAUUGUGACGAGUAUCAUCAGCGUUAUGGAGAUAUGAUCAUGAAAGGUGACUGGGUAUGUUAGAUUCGAUGUUAGUGUGGGCGGGUUUUAACGUGAUUGAUUUUGAGAUCACCCUUAAAAUUUUCCUUGAACUGGGCUACGCAUAGCAUGGGGAUUUGUGCGCUAGGGUCAGCAAAAACCUGGCCUUCUGAAAGAGUUGGGUCUUCUUGGCCUUGUGUCGAUUCAGACCAUUCUGCAGAUUAUAUGUGCCUAGGUUUUGCCGUUUUUAUGGUAGAGACUCGUUCUAUUUUCAAUCAUGUACCUUUAUUGAUUAGAACAGGUCAGAAAAUAUACAAAAUACAAAAUUUGCA